GGAUUUCCAUCACAUCACAGGGCUUUUUUUUUUUACAUCUUUGGGUCAGGGGAUAACAAAAUUCCACUGCUUCUGAGUUGCAUCAGGAGUCAGCUGACAGGGGAAAAAAAGGGGAAACAGAGUAGGUGAGACAAGGACGUAGAAGAGGAGGGUGCAGAAAAAGGCUCUGGAAGCAGCAGGGAAGGGGGCUGGGCCUCUGACAAUGUUUCUCCUCAAUAAGGAUGUGGACUGUAUGCUCAGAGUGCAGUGUGUAGUCAGCGUUAAGCACCGGGCGCCUUGCAAGACCACACAGACCGCAUGGUGACUUUGUUUUGAGCCGGUUUACCAGCACGGGCGGCAGCUGACAUGCAGUAUGUACCGGAGGAGUGGAGGGAAGGACGGGAGGAGAGAAGAGGAGGAGGAGGAGGAGGAGGAGAGGAUGGGAGGACGGGGGAGGUGUUAGUCAAGAGGAAAGUGGAUUCCGAGAUGAAGGGAGAGGGGAAGAAGAAUGGAGGCAGCGGAGGGGAAGAUGUGGAGAAGGAGUCGCUGAUGAUGGAGCUGACGAGGCGGGUGCAGAAGAUAAUAAAGGAGAGCAGCUGGUGGGAGAGGAGGGGGGUCGACUGCAGCAUCCUGGCAGCAGCUUUCCUCGCUCUACCCCCAGCCUUCCUGCUGCUGGGCUCCUCUCAGGUCCUGAGCUUUUCAGUGGGAAUGCUGCUGAUGGGCGUGGCUCACGGCGUCAUCACGGUUAAAGGGACGCAUCUGGCCAGCCACGGGUCGCUGAGCGACUCGCAGGCCUGGGGCAAGUUCUGGGCCGUCUUCUUCAUCGAGAUCUGUGGUUCAUUCUCAGAGCAAGCUGGUGUUCACGGCCACAUUAAGAUGCAUCAUGCUCAUACUAAUGUCAUUGGCCUGGGCGACUCCAGCGUGUGGAAGGUGCCCUUCCUGCCUCGCACCGUCUACCUGUUCAUAGCUCCCCUGGCCGUGCCCAUCAUCACUCCGCUUGUUGCACUCGCUCAUCUCAAAGGACAUUCUCUGGCUCUCGUUGUCAGGACCGUCCUGAUGGUAACACUGGGCCUGUAUUCACAGUACUGGCUGCUGAUCCAUGUCUCCGGGUUCCUGUCGCCUCUCAGCGCUCUGCUCUGUAUGCUUGUGUGCAGAGCGAUGUUCUCUGUGCCCUACAUCCAUGUCAACAUUUUCCAGCACAUCGGCCUCCACAUGUUCUCUCCGAACAACCGACCAAAGAGGAUCUACCAGAUGACCCACGGAGUCCUGAACCUGCCUCGUAACCCCUUUCUGGACUGGAUUUUUGGACACUCUCUUAUCAACUGCCACGUGGAGCACCAUCUCUUCCCCUUUCUGUCUGAUAACAUGUGUCUAAAGGUGAAGCCUGUUGUGUCCAAGUACCUGACUGAAAAGCAGCUUCCAUACCAGGAGGACAGCUACCUCAACCGCCUGCGCUUUUUCUUCCACAAAUACCAGGAGCUGAUGGUGUUUGCCCCGCCGAUCACUGAGCUGGUGGGGGUGCAGUGAUGAAGAAAGCAGUGAAGCAGAAAAAACUAAUGAGCCCUGUUUCUGCUCGAAAAGCUUCAGUGUUUCAGUGACAUGUUACAACCUCCAGGCUCCAGCUUUGAACAGUCUCAGUAGAGAGGCCAAGUCCUUCCCCUACCGUGGACCACCAUGGGACUUUAUUUCAGAAAAAAUAUGUACGGUAGUGAACGGGGAGGGACUAAUUAUUUUUUGAUCCCGUUUGAAUUAAGCCAUGAAUUACACAUAUGAUCUUCAUCAGUUUAAAAGAUCAUUUUGCAAGUGAGGAAAGUCUCAGUUUGUCGUAAAACUGUCGACGU